AUGCAAAAACAAUUAAACUAAUCAAAAACUCUCAGAAUUCUCACAAUUACAUAUCAAUAAUAUUUUAUUCGAUUUAUUUUCAACGUAUAUAUUAUUUAAAAUAAUUUUUACAAUUUUUAAGUGAAAAAUGGCAAUUUUAAGACAUCAAAGGCAAUAAUAAAAAAAAUGAUUUCCAACAUGAGAUCCGACUCUCAAAUCAAAAUCUUCACACCAAAAAGUAAUUUCUCAAAUUAAAUACAACAAUUUAAGAAUGAUUCAUCUAGAAAUCUAGAAUCUGAAAACAAUCAAUAAAUCAUGAUUUCCAAUUGCUUGAGUAAUUCAAUAAACAAUUUAACUCCCACCAAAUAAAACUUCACAAGGACUCUAAGAAAAACCUCCAUAAAUCAACAAACAAGAAUCAGAGAUGAUAAUAUGAUAAUUUCAUGUUAUUUUUGUGAAAAUGUAGAUAACUUGAACCUUAUCUAACCAUGUUUGUGUGAUGUAUUAUUUUCUUAUUACCCUCAUAGAUUAACUAUCAUGCCUCUUGCUUUAAAUAGAAAAUAAUUAACACUCCAGGUUUAUUUAGUCAAGAGAAUUUCACAUGCUAGUAAUGUGGAAUAUAGUAUAAGGUUUAACAAUUGGAGAUCUAUAGAUCAAAGACCUUUGUAAUCAUACUUUUAUAUUUUAAAGAUCAAUCUUUUCAAUAUCAUAAUGUUUACAUCUAAAUUAAUAAUUACUCUCGGUGGUUUGGGUGGAUUGUCAUAUUGGUUUUAUAACUACACAUAAAAAUAGGAGGAAAUGUCAUCUAUGACUGCUGUAAUAGUGUUGCUCAUAUUGUUAUUUCUCCUCUAUUUGGUUUAUUUGAUAGUAGAAGUUUUUAGAGGGGAACCUGACUUUGAUUGGCAAGUGGUUGAUUAUAAAUCAGAAGUAGAGUAGUAACUGAACCCAGAGGACUUGAAUUUAUUGGAGAACAGGUCGAAAUAAUUAUGCCAUGAUAGACCAAACACCUUACAUCAAAUAACAAGUGUUUAAUACCCAUAAAAUAAUUUAAAUGAGAUUAUUAAUUGAAUUUAAC